CGCACACGCACAGCCAUGGUGGGCCGGCUGAGCCUGCAGGAUGUCCCCGAGCUCGUGGACACGAAGAAGAAGGGCGACGGCGUCCUGGACAGCCCGGACUCCGGGCUGCCCCCCAGCCCCAGCCCCAGCCACUGGGGGCUCGCGGCGGCCGCGGGCGGCGGCGCGGAGCGCGUGGCGGUGCCCGGGGCGCUGGAGCCCGACGCGGCGGCGGCGCCCCCCGCAGCCCCGAACCCAGCAUCUCUUCCCCAUGUGCUGGCUGCCACCUGCUCGCAACGGCUCUGCCCCCUGUCUUUCGGCGAAGGAGUGGAAUUUGACCCCUUACCACCAAAGGAAGUAAGGUACACUUCCUCCGUCAAGUAUGACUCGGAGCGGCACUUCAUCGAUGAUGUUCAACUGCCCCUGGGCCUGGCAGUGGCUUCCUGCAGCCAGACGGUUACCUGCAUCCCCAACUGCACAUGGCGCAACUACAAGGCCGAGGUGCGCUUCGAGCCCCGCCACAAGCCCACGCGCUUCCUCAGCACCACCAUCGUCUAUCCCAAGUUCCCCAAGAGCAUCUACACCACCACCCUGGAUUACAACUGCCACAAGAAGCUGAGGAGGUUUCUGUCCAGCGUGGAGCUUGAGGCCACAGAGUUCCUGGGCAGCGACGGUCUCUCAGAUGAAUGCUGACUUGAGCUGGCUGCUUGGGGUUGGACCAGCUGUUCUGCCGCUGCCCUGGUCCCCAGACCAUCCUCGGCAAGCUGGCUGACAUUACCUGUGCACGUCAUUCCAGCCCCAGAGGAAUCUAACCUGGAGAUACCUCGAAGCCCAGCCAGGGGAAGAAGAAGGAAAAAAAAAUGAUUUUUAUAAUGAUGGAAAUGCUUGGUUUUGUUUUGAAAUUUUCAACUAGUUUUUAAAAAGGAGGGUGUGUCUUGGUUUGUUGGUGCAGUUUUCCCAAAGUCCCAUCUGAUAAGAAAAUAAGUAGAUGGCCUAAGCAAAAGGGCAAUGGUAGCGGUGUGGACAAGGGAGGGCUGCAGUUGAGCUCUCUGUCCAUUGGCUGGGCCGAAGAGCAUGGGAAAGUCCCGGGGUGGAAACAGUGAGUUUUGAGAAAUUUCAGCCAUGGGUGUCUUCGUUGCCACAAAAAUGGAGCUAAUUCAGUAGAUUGUGGCACCCAUAUGUGUUCAAUCUGGAGAAUUGAGUUCCAUUCCAUUUGUAUUUCCUGUUAACCCAAACUCUUGGAAUUCUCUAAUAUCGGGAAAAAACCCAAAUCCAAACCACAAAAGGAGAUGCUUUUAAAAAAGAAAGUUCUCCUUGUUCCUGUCUGCUUCAGGUCCAGCAGACGGGUGGCCCAGUCUGGGGACACUGGCUGCUGUCUGGUUCCUGGCAGGUUGGUCCCAGGUGCAGGCUCCGGCCCAGCCACUGCACACUUGGCAUCUGGUUCACAUCUCUUUGGGCUUGUGUAACUCUCCUGAUAGGUAUUUUGAGUUUUCAAAAUAUUUUACUAUUUUUUUUUCCAUAAAGUAAAAUGUAGCAGAGGGCUCUUUUUGAAAGGAACAUUUCCAAAGAAAGUCUUGAGAUGUAGUUCAGUUGGUAGAAUGCUUGCUUGGCAUGCACGAAGCCCUGGGUUGGGGCCCCAGCACCACGUGAACCAGGCUGAUGGCAAAGCCUGUAAUUCUAGCACUUGGGAGCUGGAGGCAGGAGGAUCAGAAGUUCAAGGCCAUCCUCAGAUAAAUAGCAAGUUUGAGGCCAGCUUGGGCUACACGAGGCCCUGUCUCAAAAAGAAAAGUGCUUGGGGGAACACUUUUGACCUGCACGAAGGUUUCUACCUUGGCGCAUCCUGCCUCUCCCCACUACCUCUAGGAGGAGGUGGAUUUGGAUGUAUUUGGUGACCUGGAUUAUUGUGAUUAAAUGUUUGAAUGGACUUUUCUUAGGGCUUUGGGGCCAAAGUUGUAGAGGAAUUGAGUACGAAAUAAUGCAAAAAGCAAAGAUCCUUACUUAAAAAUCUCCCUAGGUUAAACCAAGGUAAAUUUAGUAUAGAUAGGGAUGUCACAGCUCAAACUCAACUUGCCGCUCCUGUGAUGGUGGACAUUUCUUUCUUGUUACUGUGUCAAUGGAAGUGACCACUGUGGAAUUGGAUGUGGACCAGACAUGUUCCCCAGCCAACUGUGUGAGUUCACUUGAGCCAACUCCAGCGGCGGGGGUGGGGGGGGUGGGGCGGGCGCUGCACAUCUGGCUGCCCCCUGCUCACCUGCCUUCCCUACCCUGACCCCUACCCUGGCCCUUGCUUUGUAGAGCCUCCUGCCAACCUGUGCAGUGCUGGAGUAAAGAAAGUGGCAGCAGUACUUCCCCCCAGUAUUGGCAAGAACAAGCUGUGCAUUAUUUCCUUUGAAUACAACCUUAUUAUGCCAGGUGCUCCAGGUUAUUGGCGGCUCGGCUGGUAUCACUUUCCGCGGGUGGCCUCCAUCUGUCCUGAAAGCAGAAUGGAGAGCUCACUGGAUCUCCUAGAGCCACACCAGGACCUCUGUUACCAUGGAAGCAGGUACAAAGAUAAUGGCUCUCAUUUAAGGCAGUGGAGCCCUCUGGAGUCACAUUGCCCAGUAGAUGUCCUCUGCAGACGACCAUAUCCAGCCUGUUCCGCUCCUCACUGGGUGAGGUGCACCUCUGGGACAGCUGUAGUUGCCUUCAUGGUCUUGGUGUAUCAGGAGUGUCAAUGGGGACAGUCGGGGAACCCCAUGUCAUGUGCCAAGCAAUAGAUAGAUGCUGCCUGUCUUUGGAAAAGAAUAUACUGGCAGAAGUGGACUUCCUUUAAGAUGACCCUUAAGUGGCAAAUACAAUUUUUGUUUGUUUUUAGUUUUUCGAGGUAGGGCCUCUCUGUAGCUCAGGCUGACCUGGAAUUUACCGUGUAGUCCCAGGCUGGCCUCAAACUCACAGUGACCCUCCUACCUCUGCCUCCCGAGUGCUGGGAUUAAAGGCGUGCACCAUCACGCCCAGCUCAAAUAUAAAUUUUAAAUCGUAAUAGGAGAAUUCCCACAGCUUUUCUCUGCCCCAGUGCUGUCGCUUGGAUGAACUCAGAAUGACGUUGUGGACAGUGUGGUAGGAGAACGUGGCCUUGGAAUACAGAGCGAUUUAAAGUUCCUUUUUUUUCGGGGGGGGGGGUUCUUAGAGGAAUCAUGUUACGUUCAAGCAGAACAUUCUAGGUGUGGAAAAUACCUAAACCGUAUCAGUAAAGUAAGUGGAAGUGAGCGUUGGCGGGGGUGUGGCGUGAACAGAAAGGCAGGCUUCUCGCAGUUAAGCGCUCCACUAGCGAGCCAGCUGCGGGUCUUUCUAACCCUCUUGCUUUCCAAUGUGGUGCCGCAGGAACGGAGCGUGUGCGAUGUGCAGCCCUCCUGCCGUUCAGGUGUCUUAAGUCAGAAGGCGAGCUGAGUUCGUUUGCCAGGUGGAAGCAGUGAACUAAGAAACUCUCUGCUUUGCCAUUCCUGAGUAUGCGUGAGAGAUCCAGUGUGUUGAUGAGCAAGCUCUUUGUUCUGUCUCUUUAAAUUGUGGCCUUUGAGGACAAUUUUUAUUUUCAGAGAAAAGCUGUGUUCCUUUCAAAUCACGAGCUUCUAAAAAGACUUAAUUUGAACAAGUAUCUUAUCGUUCAAUACUUUUCCUGUUUCUAACUUUAGAAAAUCCAGAAUAGUAUUUUACAAAAAAAAAUGGUGUUUUACAAUUAUCUUUAACAUUUGUCCUACUCCACUUUUGCUUUGACUUCUCCAUUUAAUAAUAAAUUAUCUAAAACAUAAAA